AAUGGUUCUGAGAUUACAUUUGCCAGUUCUUUUAAUACUUUUGGUUGUCCUGGAGACUUAUAUUCAUUUAGAUUAACCAGGUAUUCCUGUACUAUAUCUCUUUACUUAUUCUGUGAUGAAAUUUCCCUAUUCUGUACUUGGCUCCAUUAUCAUUAGGUUGAGCAUCCUUUGUCUUUUCUGAGAAUACUGAGGCAAAGAUGUUGAGUAAUUCUGCCUUUUCUCUGUCCUCUGUUAGCAUUUUGCCAUACUCCCCACACUGUGGCCCUACCAUUUCCUUAUUCUUCCAUUUGCUGCGGACAUAUCCAAAAAAGCCCUAUUUGUUGUUCUUAACCUCUCUAGCAAGCCUGAGUUCAUUCUGUGCUUUAGCUUUUCUGGCUUUACCCCUUCCCUGGACUUUGACUCGGACCGUCUUUGACUUCUCUCUGGUUCUGAUUUGGACUCAACGAUGUCUCCGGCACUGUUUAAAAAAUGCUACGUCAAGGAUCCCCACUCCUCCUGCCUCCUAUGCCUCGGGGACACCCAUAACUUCAAGGCUUGCCCCCUGUGCAAGUCCCUGACCCUGCAGGCUAGGAAAAACCCUGACUCCCGCCUGAUCAUCGCCAUCUACCAAGAGGUGCUCAAGCCUCAGCAGUCCACUCACCCUGCUUCGGCACUGGCGACUUCGGAGGCAACACCAGAGGCCACUGGUUCAGUGGCCCAGAGCUCCACAACUGAGCCAAGUGCCACUGUGACCCAGAGCUCCAUGACCGAGCCUAGUGCCACUGCCAAGAAGGCCUCCAAGGGUCACGAACCCAAGGGAUCGAGCUGGAAGCCGAAGUCCUCAAAAAAGGAUAAGGCUAAGUCCAAGGACUCGAGCUCGAAGAAGAUCUCGGUUCAGGAGGCGAGCUCCCGAGAAGAUUCCAGCUCUAAGUCCUCCAAGAAGAGACACAGGCCCUCCGACACGGGAGAUGGCUCUCCCCAGGCAUCAGCCAAGAAGUCCAAGCUUUCGGCUCCGAGCGAGGCUUCUGUGCAGCCGCCUUCUCACAUGAAAGCUCACUCCAAGUCCUCCGAUGGUUCAUCCCAUAAGAAGACUCAUCGAGUUUCCUCAGACACUCCUCGACCUCCCAAGAACCUGGCAUCUCCCUUGGUGCCGACUCGAGUCGAACCAGCUUCCUCCAUCCUUGGCUCUCCCAGGACCAUCUCGGUACCAGCUUCGGUUCCGGCCUCUACCCUAUCUGCGACACUGGCCUAUCACCACUCUGACGAUGAUGACGGCUCUGCCUCUCGGUCACCUCAUCGUUGCUCCCCGACGCCCGUUCCUCAGGUCCAGAUACACCAAGCCCAGGUCCAUCACCAGGAGGAUUUGGACUACUAUCAUGACAGCAAGACGGAGAAAUACUUUGUCGCUGUCAGCCAAGAUGUGGCUCACAGCCGCUUAGCAUCUAGGUUCACUGUUCCAGCACUGCCCCCACGGUCUCCAAACCAAGAUGAUCCACUGGAUCACCAGGGCGCAGAAACACUCCUCCACUGACGCGUGUGGCUACUACUCCACCAAUGGGUAGGGCACCUGCUCUGACCUCCAGACCUCUUCCUCCCAUACUGGCGCCAACUUAUCACUCGUCAGCUCAAAUAGUCAUUGACACCGACUCCGGUUCCGAGGCUGAAGGUUCUCAUGUUUCUCAGGUGGAUUUGUGUUUCUCUGACAAGGUAGCCCCUCAAUCCCCUCAGGAACUCUACCAACCCGGUUCAUCAUCACCAACCGAUGAUGUGCGCACCUUUUCAGACCAUGUGAUCAAGAUGGCUAACACCUUGGAAUUGCAGCUCUCUCAGGUCAAGGAUGAAGCCAAGGGCACUAUCGAGAGGAGAAUCCAUAUCAAGGUACCAACACCUCUCUCCAUUCCUCCUUGCCAUCCCUGGAGAACAUUGCAAAGUGCUCAUGGGAUGCUCCAGCUUCCUUGUCUGUGUCCUCAUGGAAAAUUGAGCCCUUAUAUAGGAUCUCACCCUCUCAGUGCUCUUGGCUCUCUUCCCAUCCUAAGCAAAAUUUGGCAAUCGUUGAGGGGUCACAACAGUCGAAGAUGUUGAUGUCGCCGGCCGACCAUGAGGCCAAAAAAUGGACAGCCUGGCCAAGAAGACCUAUUCUGCUUUGGUACUGGGCUUGAAGGUGGCGAAACAACGCUUGCAUGAGCACCUACGUCCAGUGCCUAAUGCAGAAAAUAUCGCCGAUCAUCCUGGAUGUUCCUGAGGAGUCCCAGCGCAUACUCACCGAAAUUAGGGAUGAAGCCCACUCCAUUGGUGGAUGGCUCAUCACUUCUGCCCGCCACUCCACAGACUGUUCGGCAAGGUCUAUGGCAGCUUCAAUUGCCCUUAGAAGGCAUGCCUGGCUCCAUGCGUCGGACCUGAAUCCUAGUGCCAAGUCAACCAUUGAAGACAUGGCCUUUGAUGAUUCCGGCUUGUUCAAUAAGGAGACGGAUGAACGUCUCAAUUACAAGUACUGGAUGAAGGCAGCGGCUAGGAAGCACGGACUGUGGUUCGCGACCAUUGACUUGAAGGAUGCUUAUUUUCACGUGGCGAUUUGAGAAAGUCACCGGAGGUUUCUGGCCUUCGCCGUUGGGCCUGACAUGUACCACUACAAUGUCCUUCCCUUCGGCCUCUCUACAGCUCCAAGGGUCUUCACCAAGGGCGUGGCUCUGGUCAUGGCAUACCUCCACCAGCAUGGUUCCAGGGUCUUCCCCUACUUGGACGACUGGCUCCUCGCAGCCCCUUCCAUGGAAGAGCUCCAAAGAGAUGUCGAGUUUACUUUGUCGCUCCUGUCGUCCCUCGGGCUGGUGGUCAGUCUGGAGAAGUCGCACCUUACUCCAUCCAGACAGAUCAAAUUCAUAGGCACCAUCCUCGACUCCGAAGAUUGUGUCGCCUAUCUCCCUCGGGACCAUUUCCUCGCUCUCUGCUGUUCCAUCAGGACCUGCUUAGCACACAGACGAGUGAGGGCCAGGGAUGUCCAGGUGGCCCUAGGACUUAUGGCUUCAAUGACGUUUGUGACCCCCAUGCUCAAGGCUUCGUUUGCAACCCUUCCAGUCGUGGUUCCUGUCGAUGUUCAACGCUAUGGAGGACCAGCCCUCCAAGUGGCUCACCAUCCCAAGGCCAGUCGCCCUCUCCCUCCAGUGAUGGCUCGACUCCCACAAUGUCUACGUUGGCAUGCCUUUUUCGUCACCUUGGCCCGACGCUUCCAUGAAGGGUUGGGGUGCCCACUUGUCGGGACUCCUGGUCAGGGACAGGUGGUCCCCAGACGAACAAUCUCUCCACAUCAAUGCCCUCGAGAUGCUAGCGGUGGAGAAGGCCUUGAGAGUGUUUGAGACCAGCCUCUGAGACAAGGUAGUCCAGCUGUUGACAGACAACACCACUGUCAUGUACUACCUAAAAAAGCAGGGGGGCACCAGAUCUCGAACCUUACUGGACAUCACGCUCCGAAUCUGGGACUGGUGCAUCCCAAGAAGGAUUCUCCUCCAAGCAAUCCACUUUUCAAGGGAGGAGAACGAGUUGGCCGACCGGCUCAGCAGGUCUUCCACUGUCUGCUACGAGUGGACGCUCCAUCCCAAGAUAGUCAGCAACCUCUUCAGUCGGUGGGGAACUCCCUGGAUCAACCUCUUCGCGACCACUCGCAACAGCCACUGUCCCCAGUUCUGCUCCCAGACGCGCAACGAGAACUCCCUCGGAGACGCAUUCGGCUUCGCUUGGUCAGGAGAUAUGCUCUACGCCUUCCCUCUGUUCCCACUGAUCACCAGGGUGGUGUCCAAGAUGACAGCGGACUGCUCGGAUGCCAUCCUCAUCACUCCUUGGUGGCCGAGGCAACCGUGGUUCCCGUCCCUUCUUCACCUCUCCAAGAGGGACUUCCUCUGGCUCAAGCUCUGUCACGACCUCCUCACUCUCCAGAACAGUCAGGUUCGGCACCUGGACAUCAAGAACUUGCCGUUGGUGGCAUGGAGGCUCCGUCCCUAGCCUCACUACCUCCUUCGGUACGGACGGUGAUUUUGGCCGCCCAGAAACCAGCUACCCAGAAAUCCUUUGCUUCCAAGUGGAAGAGGUUUCUUUUGUUCCUCUCUGAGAGAGGCCUUUCUCCAGCCCAGGUGACGACUCCGGUGGUGCUGGAGUUCCUGAUGGUACUUUUGGAUUCGGGGCUGUGCCUCACAUCCAUUAAGUGCUACCUUUCUGCCAUCUGUUCCCAUUUCCAGUUUGAUGGCAAACCUUCUUUUUUUAGGGACCCUCUUGUGAAGAGUUUCCUGAAAGGUUGUUGCAACCUUCACCCUCCGUCUCGGUACCGGCACCGGCACCGGCACCGGCUUGGAGCUUGGACACUGUGCUGUCCACUUUUCAAUCCAAGCCCUUUGAACCCAUGGCCACAACGGACUUGAGACUAUUGACUUGGAAGACUGUUUUCCUUUUGGCCAUUAACUCUGCCCGCCAUGCGGGCGAACUCUGUACCCUGUGGAAGGACCAGGCCUUCCUUAGAUUUCAUAAGGAUAAAGUUGUCCUCCACACCGACAUUACCUUCCUGCCUAAGGUGGUGUCUGCCUUUCACAUGUGUCAAGACAUUGUUCUACCUACCCUGGCUUCAAACCCGACCACUGAGAUCGAACGCAGUUUGCACACCUUGGACGUUCGGAGGGCUUUGGCCUUCUAUUUGGACAGAACUGCGGGGUCGAGCCAUUCCGAGAGACUUUUCCAAUGCUACUCGGAACCGAAAAAAGGGCUGCCUGUGACUGCGCAGAGGCUUUCCAAAUGGGUGGCUGGUACCAUCCACCUCUGCUAUGAACUGCUGGGCAGACCUCUCCUGGCCAGAGUUCGGUCCCAUGCAACUAGGGCAGUAGCAGCAUACUCCGCAUUCUUGAUUGGGGUCCCUUUGGAGGAUGUCUGUAAAGCUGCUAUUUGGUCCUAGCCCUUGACUUUCAUUAAACAUUACAGGCUGGACACCAGGGCCAAACAGGACACAGCCUUUGGAAGGGCAAUGUUGGUUUCAGGGUUACAUUGAUAGCACUACAUUCUAUUUGUUACAUGUUUGAAAUGAAUGUGCUGGUACUACAUUCUACUGGUUUACAUUGCUGAAAUGAAUGUCUUUGUCCAAAUUGGCUUGGUUUACAUCAUUCAUAUGGUUUACAUAGGUCUGGCAUGACCUAAUGUAUUGUUCUUUACUUAUGUCCCCAAACACAGAUUUAAGUACUGUUUAUUG